AGAGUCGCUAGAGUAGCCGGCUGCCGUGGGGCGCUGGGCAGGUGGGAGCCCGCGUGGGCCAGGCCGGGAUGAGCGAUGGCAUCGGUCAAGGUGGCCGUGAGGGUCCGGCCCAUGAAUCGCAGGGAAAAGGACUUGGAAGCCAAAUUCAUUAUUCAAAUGGAGAAAAGCAAAACAACAAUCACAAACUUAAAGAUACCAGAAGGAGGGACCGGGGACUCAGGAAGAGAACGGACGAAGACCUUCACCUAUGACUUCUCUUUUUAUUCUGCUGAUACGAAAAGUCCAGAUUAUGUCUCACAAGAGAUGGUUUUCAACACCCUCGGCACAGAUGUCGUGAAGUCUGCAUUUGAAGGUUAUAAUGCUUGUGUCUUUGCAUAUGGGCAAACUGGAUCAGGAAAGUCAUACACUAUGAUGGGAAAUUCUGGCGAUUCUGGCUUAAUACCUCGGAUUUGUGAAGGGCUCUUCAGUCAAAUAAAUGAAACCACCAGAUGGGAUGAAGCAUCUUUUCGAACUGAAGUCAGCUACUUAGAAAUUUAUAAUGAACGUGUGCGAGAUCUACUUAGGCGGAAGUCAUCCAAAACCUUCAAUUUAAGAGUCCGAGAGCAUCCAAAAGAAGGACCUUAUGUGGAGGAUUUAUCCAAACAUUUAGUACAGAAUUACGGUGAUGUGGAAGAACUCAUGGAUGCAGGAAAUAUCAACCGAACCACAGCAGCGACUGGGAUGAACGACGUCAGUAGCAGGUCUCAUGCCAUCUUCACCAUCAAGUUCACUCAGGCAAAAUUUGAUUCUGAAAUGCCGUCUGAAACCGUGAGUAAGAUCCACUUAGUCGAUCUUGCUGGAAGUGAGCGAGCGGAUGCCACCGGUGCCACUGGGGUCAGACUGAAGGAAGGGGGGAAUAUUAACAAAUCCCUCGUGACUCUGGGAAAUGUCAUUUCUGCCUUAGCCGAUUUAUCUCAGGACGCGGCAAACCCUCUUGUGAAGAAGAAACAAGUUUUCGUGCCUUACAGAGAUUCUGUUUUGACUUGGCUGUUGAAAGAUAGCCUUGGCGGGAACUCUAAAACCAUCAUGAUCGCCACCAUUUCACCUGCUGAUGUCAAUUAUGGAGAAACCCUAAGUACUCUUCGCUAUGCAAAUAGAGCCAAAAACAUCAUCAACAAGCCUACUAUUAAUGAGGACGCCAACGUCAAACUCAUCCGUGAGCUGCGUGCUGAAAUAGCCAGACUGAAAACGCUGCUUGCUCAAGGGAAUCAGAUUGCCCUCUUAGACUCCCCCACAGCCUUAAGUAUGGAGGAAAAACUUCAGCAGAAUGAAGCAAGAGUUCAAGAAUUGACCAAGGAAUGGACAAAUAAGUGGAAUGAAACCCAAAAUAUUUUGAAAGAACAAACUCUAGCCCUUAGGAAAGAAGGGAUUGGAGUUGUUUUGGAUUCUGAACUGCCCCAUUUGAUUGGCAUUGAUGAUGACCUUCUGAGUACUGGAAUCAUCUUAUAUCACUUGAAGGAAGGUCAGACAUAUGUUGGUCGAGAAGAUGCUUCAACAGAACAGGAUAUUGUUCUUCAUGGCCUCGACCUGGAGAGUGAGCACUGCAUCUUUGAAAAUGUCGGGGGGACGGUGACUCUGAUACCCCUGAGCGGGUCUCAGUGCUCCGUGAAUGGUGUUCAGAUCAUGGAGGCCACACACCUAAAUCAAGGUGCUGUGAUACUCUUGGGAAGAACCAAUAUGUUUCGCUUUAACCAUCCUAAGGAGGCUGCCAAGCUCAGGGAGAAGAGGAAGAGUGGCCUUCUGUCCUCCUUCAGCUUGUCCAUGACUGACCUCUCGAAGUCCUGUGAGAACCUGUCCACAGUCAUGUUGUAUAACCCAGGACUUGAAUUUGAGCGGCAACAGCGCGAAGAACUUGAAAAAUUAGAAAGUAAAAGGAAACUCAUAGAAGAAAUGGAAGAAAAGCAGAAGUCAGAUAAGGCAGAACUGGAGCGGAUGCAGCAGGAGGUGGAGACUCAGCGCAAGGAGACGGAGAUUGUCCAGCUGCAGAUCCGCAAGCAGGAGGAGAGCCUCAAACGCCGCAGCUUCCACAUCGAGAGCAAGCUGAAGGAUUUGCUUGCCGAGAAGGAAAAGUUCGAAGAGGAAAGGCUGCGGGAGCAGCAGGAAAUCGAGCUGCAGAAGAAGAAGCAGGAGGAGGAGAGCUUUCUCCGAGUCAAAGAAGAGCUCCAGCGGCUCCAGGAGCUCAACAACAACGAGAAGGCCGAGAAGAUCCAGAUAUUUCGAGAGCUGGACCGCCUCAAGAAGGAGAAGGACGAGCAGUACGCCAAGCUCGAGUUGGAGAAGAAGAGGCUGGAGGAGCAGGAGAAGGAGCAGGUCGUGCUCGUGGUGCACCUAGAGGAGCAACUGCGCCAGAAGCGGGAGAUGAGCCGGCUCCUCCAGCGAGGGGAGGUGCAGCGGGUGGAGGAGGAGAGGAGGGACCUGGAGGGCAUCCGGGAGGCCCUCCUGCGGGUGAAGGAGGCCCGGGCCGAAGGGGAGGACGACGGCGAGGAGUCAGAACGGGCUCAGCUGCGUUUCCUGGAGUUCAAGAGAAGGCAGCUGGUCAAGCUGGCCAACUUGGAGAAGGACCUGGUUCAGCAGAAGGACCUCCUGAGAAAAGAAGUCGAAGAGGAACAAGAACUCCUGGAGCGUUUAAAGUCUGCAAACGAAGAUGACUUCAGAGUGUCGGAGAAACAUGCCGAGGGUGUCACACACGUCACCCAGGCGGCUCAAAUCCUCGAGAAGAUAAAGCCCGCGGAAUACAGGCUGCAGUAUAAGGAACGCCAGCUCCAGUACCUCCUGCAGCAUCAUUUGCCAACCCUGUUGGAGGAAAAGCAGAGAGCGUUUGAAAUCCUUGACAGAGGUCCUCUCGGCUUAGACAACACUCUUUAUCAAGUGGAAAAAGAAAUGGAAGAAAAAGAGGAACAGCUCGCUCAGUACCAGGCCAACGCGAGCCAGCUGCAGAAGCUCCAAGCCACCUUUGAGUUCACUGCCAACAUCGCCCGUCAGGAAGAAAAAGUGAGGAAGAAGGAAAAGGAGAUCCUCGAGUCACGGGAGAAGCAGCAACGCGAGGCGCUGGAGCGGGCCGUGGCCAGGCUGGAGAGGAGGCACUGGGCCCUGCAGAGGCGCUCCACCCUGGGCCUGGAGAUCGAGGAGCAGAGGCAGAGACUGGCCACACUGAACAGCAGCAGCAGCGAGCAGUCCGGCCUCCGGGCCAGCCUGGAAGCUGAGCAGGAAGCCCUGGAGAAGGACCGGGAGAGAUUAGAGCAUGAAAUCCAGCAGUUGAAGCAGAAGAUCUGUGAGGUUGAUGGUGUUCAAAAGGGGCAUCGUGGGACCAUGGAGGGGAAGGCUCCUUCUUCCAGCUUGCCAUCCAGUGCUGAAAAAUCUCACCUGGUCCCUCUGAUGGAUGCCAGGAUCAGUGCUUACAUUGAAGAAGAAGUCCAACGACGACUUCAGGAUUUGCAUCGCGUGAUUGGCGAGGAUAGCAGUGCAUCUGCAGAUGUGGCGAGGGAUAAUGAGAAACUCCACAAUGGCACCAUUCAACGUAAGCUAAAAUAUGAGAAAAGGUAUCUUGCCCCGCUGCUGCCCAGAGAUGUCACUGGCCCUUCCGGCAGAGAAGAGGGGAGGGAGGUGGAGCGGAACAACCAUCCGGGUCCUCCCACGACACAGAGCAUCUCGGCGUCUCCUGCUCCCUCCUCAGCAUUGUGCGAGAGAGCCCACCAGCGAAGACAUCGGUCCUCCGUACACAAGGUGUGGCAGAACAGUGAUCGUGGAUACGGUGAUCCUGAGUGUGCAGGCUGUUUCCAACCAAAACGUUUCAGUCUACCUGAAAUCACAUUUCUCAACGAAAGCAACACCAGUGACACAAAACAUCAGCAUCGGUCUGAACAUCUCAGUGAUGUGAUGACUCAUAAAGAUAAACACAACUUGGGAAUCGAGUCCAGCUGGACUUGGCUGCAAGAUUUGUCCCAAGAAGUGCCUCUACAUAAUGGAAGCAAGCAGACCAGGCAAAGCAAGUUACUCUGCUUGGUCCUCUCUGAAACGGUUUCUGGUGAGGAGGGUGCCUCCCACAGCGUUCCUCAGCAUGCACCCGCCGGGAAGUUUUGUGGUGAGCAGCAAGUCGAGAGAGAGUUAGAUGCUAAAAAAGCUAACUCUCCACAGUCCCUGAUAAAUAUCAGGACAGAAGGAAACAGCGGGUUGGGCUAUUUUUACCACAGGCUGGCAGACCUUUAUAAAGAUACCAGCAGUCACCUGCUACAGGCUGGCACAGAGGUGAUCCGCCAAGCCGGGCAUAUAGGGAACCUGUGUGACCCCAGGGGGCUCACCUCCCAUGUGACGACAUUUAUCAGAAGACUACCAUUUCUGAAACACUUUCCCCUGGACACGCCCCUGAAGUCACAGCAGGCGUCAUCAGAGCCUUAUUCUUUCCCCAGAGAAGCUCAGGCUGGCAGCAGCGAUCCUGAAGAGGCAGGAGCCGCCAGGCCAGCAGAGGGCACCAUGCCUUUCAGAGCACCAGGCCUCACUGCUGCCUCUGCUGCUGCAGGAUCCCCAGACUCCUCCGCAAGCUCAGUGCUGCACGUAGAAUCUGAAGAUUCUGGAAGGAGACCCGCAUUUCAGCAGACUCUUGUGCGAUUCCCAGCCCAGAUGCUGAAACUUCAGGAGCAGCCUCUAAAAGACUUUCUUGAGCACGUGGCUUGUUCCGUACCAGAACUCUCAGGCGACAUAAAGGAAGUCAAAGGUGUUUACUGGCUUGCUGUUGCUAACUGCACAGAACCUGACCCUCAGCCAGCAUGUUUGCUUCUGCUUCAUUCCAUGCUAUAUGCUUUGGUUCUGUCAGAUAACCCUUCAGCCUCAAUGGGCAUUUUUCAUGCUCUGCCUCUCUCUGGACUAGAGGAAAUCCAAGUCAGCUUUGGUGGGCAGAGCAUCAGACUCUUGGGCUCUGCAGAGAGUCUCCUGCUCACCGUAUUUAGUUACAGCAAAACCCUCUGUCAGCAGAUUUGCGGUGACCUCCUGUGUGUCCUGAUGCCCGAGUCUGAUGCUGCUGUCCGCACUAAUCACCCUUUGUUCCAACAAGACCUGGUUCAGCUUUCUCUUGACUGGAAAGCAGAAAUCCCUGAUUUAGUUUUGGCAGACGGUGUUCGGUUAUCAUCCAGAUUCCAGGAUACCUUGGUUGACAUGAUUUACUUUCUUCAUGGAAAUAUGGAAGUCAACAUCCCCUCUCUGGCAGAGGUACAGUUACUGCUCUACACGACAGUCAGAGUCGACGGUGACCCCGGCCAAGACGACCUCCAGUCGUUAGUCCUUCUGAACACCCACAUUGCCCUUUUGAGGGAAGAUCGAGUUUUCUAUCCCCACACUCAUUCUCUAAACACACCUUCUCCACGAGCACAGUUUGAUGUGACCAGAUGUCGUGCUUUAAGCGAAUUCAGAGGAUGGUUUCUCGCUCUUUGGGAGCAAAUCCAGACGACCUGAAGGACCCAAUUAAAAUUAGUAUUCCACGCUAUGUGCUCUGCGGGCAAGGGAAAGACGAGCACUUCGAGUUUGAGGU